GGUCUCCCUAACAUGAGCCGCCAAUUCACCUGCAAGUCGGGAGCUGCCUCCAAGGGGGGCUUCAGUGGCUGCUCGGCAGUGCUCUCUGGGGUCAGCUCAUCUUCCUACAGAGCAGCGGGCAAAGGGCUUGGUGGGGGCUUCAGUAGUCGGAGCCUCUACAGCUUGGGGGGCGGCCGGAGCAUGUCCUUCAACGUGUCCAGUGGCAGUGGGCGGACUGGAGGCUAUGGAUUUUGUCGGGGUCGGGCCACAGGCUUUGCUAGCAGCAUGUUUGGCAGUGUGGCUCUGGGGCCUUCGUAUCCAGCCACAUACGUGCCUGGGGGCAUCCACCAGGUCACUAUCAACAAGAACCUUUUGGCCCCCCUCAAUGUGGAAGUGGAUCCCGAGAUCCAGAAGGUGCGCACCCAGGAGCGGGAGCAGAUCAAGGCUCUAAACAACAAGUUUGCCUCCUUCAUCGACAAGGUGCGGUUCCUGGAACAGCAGAACCAGGUGCUGGAGACCAAGUGGGAGCUGCUGCAGCAGCUGGACCUGAACAACUGUAGGAAGAACCUGGAGCCCAUUUAUGAGGGCCACAUCAGUAGCCUGCGGAAGCAGCUGGAGACCCUGUCUGGGGACAGAGUGAGGCUGGACUCAGAGCUGCGGAACAUGCGGGACGUGGUGGAGGACUACAAGAAGAGGUAUGAAGAGGAAAUAAAUAAGCGUACAACUGCUGAGAAUGAAUUUGUGGUGCUUAAGAAGGAUGUGGAUGCAGCUUACAUGAGCAAGGUGGAGCUUCAGGCCAAGGUGGAUGCGCUGGACGGAGAAAUCAAGUUCUUCAAGUGCCUUUAUGAAGGCGAGAUUGCUCAGAUGCAGUCCCAUAUCAGUGACACAUCUGUCAUCCUCUCCAUGGACAACAACAGGAACCUGGACCUGGACAGCAUCAUCACAGAGGUCCGUGCUCAGUAUGAGGACAUUGCUCUGAAGAGCAAGGCUGAGGCUGAGGCGCUGUACCAGACCAAGUUCCAGGAGCUGCAGCUGGCGGCUGGCCGGCAUGGGGAUGACCUCAAACACACCAGGAACGAGAUCUCAGAGCUGACCCGGGUCAUCCAGAGACUGCGCUCAGAGAUUGAGAGUGUGAAGAAGCAGUGCUCCAACUUAGAGACGGCCAUUGCUGAUGCCGAGCAGAGGGGUGACUGUGCCCUUAAGGAUGCCCGGGCCAAGCUGGAUGAGCUGGAGGGCGCCCUGCAGCAGGCCAAGGAGGAGCUGGCCCGGAUGAUGCGUGAUCACCAGGAGCUCCUGAGCGUGAAGCUGGCCCUAGAUAUUGAGAUCGCCACCUACCGCAAGCUGCUGGAGGGCGAGGAGAGCAGGAUGUCUGGAGAAUAUACCAAUUCCGUGAGCAUCUCUGUCAUCAGCAGCUCUAAUUCUGGGACAGCAGGUGCAGGGGCUGGGUUUGGGCUCAGUGGUCCUGGCACCUAUGGCUACCGGACCAGCUCUGUCAGUGGGGGCUAUAGUGUGCUGCCUGGGGGCUGUGUCACUGGCAGUGGGAAUUGCAGCCCCCGCGGGGAGGUCAAGACCAAGCUGGGCAGUGGAAAUGACUUCAAGGAUGCCCCAGGGAAGACCUUAGUUCUGAGCUCACCCACCAAGAAAACCACGAGAUAA